AUGACUUUAGAUUCAGUUGAAGCUUAUCACAUUCUCCGUAAUGGAAUUACUGGUGGUCUAUCAAAUGUUCAACAUCGUGUUAAUCUUAAAGGAAUCACGCACAUUAAUAAACUUUCAUAUAAUCCAGAAACUAAAACUGUAUCAAAUGAGGACACCACCAACAUUAUGACUCAUUUUGUUGGUGUUGAUUUUAAUUCAUUAUAUCCUUCAUCAUUUUCAUCUAAUCCUCAUGAUUUCAUUCAAUAUACUGACCAUAAAAUGUAUAUGCCGGGAAGAUUGAAUGGUGUUAUCAUUUGUGAUACAGCAACAAAGAAAGCAAAAGCACUGGGAAUAAUUAGAAAGAAAAAUACUUUAUUCGUGGCUGAAGUAAAGGGUCACAUUGAUGAAAAAUACAUUAAUGAUUACAUAAACUUUUUACCAAUAAUAAGAAACUUAGAUAUUAUCACAGAUGAAAAAACAAUUGGCAGUUUUAUGUAUAAUUACAUGAAAUCAAACAAUCUACCAGUUGACCAGAAACAGAGGAAAUUAACUCAGUUAGCAUCAACACACAACCAAUAUCAACCAUUUUCUUCUUAUUAUCUUUGGUAUCUAAUAGACAGAUUUCAUUUUAUCAUUGAUGAUAUUCAAUCAAUUUUAACAUUUACGAAAAACACUUGCUUUAAUGAAUUUGCGAACGAAUUUAUGAACGAAAGACAAAAGGCUGAAUUAGAAGGAAAUAAAGGAAAAAGUUUAUUUUGCAAGAUUUCACUUAAUGGAUCAUAUGGUUACGAUGCAAUGA